UCUCAUCCUGUUAACACCAUCUCCACCACCACCCAAGGCGGAGGAGGAAGGAAAGAAAAAUUCAAAUAAAGAAAGAGAAAGAUUCAAAACUCAAAAAGAAAAAAGAAAAACAAAUAAACAUGUAAAAAAUGCAGAUCAGAUACCUGUUCUACCCUCCUCCCUCACCUCAUCUCUCUCUCAAAAUUUUACACCCUCAGAUCCCCAACACCCCCCUUCCUCUUCUGCAACGAGAUCACCUCCUUUAACUUUUCAUAUAAUUCCACAUCUACCCUUUGAGAGAAUUCAGAGAUCGUUCCAUUUGUUUUCGUACAGCCAAAAACCAAUAAUACAAGGGGGAGGAAGGAGAGAGAGGGAGACCCAGAAAGCCCAAUCGCCAUGAACGACUUCGAGGGUCUCUUGGCCUCCGAUUUCGGCUUCAAGCCCUCCGGCAAAUCGGCGCCAAUGUCUGCUUCUUCUGCUAAUUCUUCUUCAAAGCCCUCAAAUUUUGAUCUCGGAUCUACUGGGACCUCCCGAUCAGCUCGCGCCAGCAAUUCCUUUAGUGGGUCAAUCGCUGACGAUCGCGAUUCGAUCUUCGGAUCCUCUAAAGGUCAAGACUUUGGCGAUAUCUUAGGCGGGUCGGCGCGGUAUUCCGGUAAAUUGGAGAGCCGCGGCGAGGACGCGGCUUUCAACUUCGAUUCAAUGUUUGGUGGGUCUGCUGAUUCGGUUCCAAAGUCAUCGUCGACGAAUUCGGGGCCCGUUUAUGAUAAACCCGUUUACGACGACGACAUUUUCGUUGGCGUUCCGGGGCUGAAGAGCACGGCUGCAAAAGUUAAGUACGAGGACAUUUUCUCGUCGGUGACGUCGCCGCCGUCCAAAGGGAGUAGUAGAACCAGUGGGUUUGAUGACAUUCUCGGCGGGUUUGGCAAGGCCGAGCCCCAAUUGAAAAGCUCAGGCACCAGAGGAUCGGAUAAAGUGGAGAAGGGCCUGCCCGGCUUCGAUGAUUUGCUACCUGGGUUUGGAGGUGGUAAUGCUCCUAGUGAAAGGUCAACCUCAGAGGCCAGUUGGCCCCAUGAAAGGACUGCCAAUGAUGUGUCUAAAACAAACUCCAAUGUGAUGGAAGAUCCUUUUGUAGUAACAGGGCAGUAUAGUGACCCCUUGGAAGAAAUAAGUAGACUUUCGAAAUCAGGAAGCUCGAAGGUUGAUAGUCCAUCUGUUGAUACUGGGCGAGCAUUUGACGAUAUUGAUCCCUUUGAUGGCCUUGGAAAGUCAGUCCCAACAUCUUUAUCGGGAAGAAAUUACAGGGGACAUGAUAGUGUCAAUUUAAGGGCAGAUACAAGCACAAAUAACAGCAGAACUUCAACUGGUAAAGAAUCAACUGAGAAGCCUUCUGUGAGAAGUCCAGAUAACCAGUCUCAAAAGAAGGCCCCUGUUGGAAAUCAUUGGGAUUCUCAUCAGACCUUGUUUGAUAUGCCUACAGUUUCAAGUGAUUCUCACAGAUCAUCUGGUCAAAAUAUGCCUCCACCUUCCUAUGUAAAUGCUAGUCCUAAGGAAACAAAUGUACAAGUGGAUAGGUCUCCAAGAUCUGAAGAAAACAUGGAUUCAUUGGAUAAUGUAUGGCUCACUGUAUCAGAGAUCCCUCUAAUGACUCAGCCCACUAGUGCUCCACCACCGUCAAGACCUCCUCCUCCAAGACCAGUGCAAGUUUCAAAGGCAAGAAUGGGUUCCCCUGCUUCCACAAAUGCAAGAAAGAAGGCUACCGAAUCUUCUACACAGUUCUUUCAGGUUCCAAAGUCAGCCCCUGCUGCAGCGAGAGGCUUGGGUGACUCUCCAAUUGAUGAACUUGAGGAUUUUGCCAGGGGUAAGAACCAAACUAACUUUUCUGAACACGCUAAUGGCCUUGCUGGUGAAGAAUUGGAGAUGAAUUCAGUUGCUGCUGCCAUGAAAGAGGCUAUGGAUAAAGCUGAGGCUAAAUUCAGACAUGCGAAGGAAGUGAGAGAGAGGGGAAGUACAAAGGCUGCUAGGAGUAAAGAAGCACAGAUGGAAAGGGAUGAGAAAGUUAUGCAAGAAAAACAGGAGAGGUUUGACAGCGAACAUCUGCAGAGGGAAGGUGAAGAGGAAGAUAUGGAACAGAGUAGAGUGGAGAAAGAGAAGGAAAUUGAGAGGGCGUGGGAAGAGAAAGAGAGAGAACAAAGGAGGCUUGAAAAGGAAAGGGAGAGAACCAGAGAAAUGGAGAGGGAAAGGGGUAUGGCCAGACAAGCUGUGGAAAGGGCUACUAGGGAAGCACGAGAGAGAGCAGCUAAUGAAGCUCGCAUGAAAGCUGAAAGGGCUAAAGCAGAGAGAGCUGCUGUAGACAAGGCAACUGCUGAAGCUAGAGAACGGGCUGAAAGGGCUGCUGUUCAGAGAGCUCAAAGUGAAGCUCGAGAAAGAGCUGCAGCAGAGGCAAAGGAAAGAGCAGAAAAGGCUGCUGCAGAAGCCAGAGAAAGAGCAAAUGCAGAAGCAAAGGAGAGGGAAGCAAAAGAAAGAGCUGCUGUAGCUAGGGCUGGAGCUGAAGCACGAACUAGAGCUGAACGUGCUGCAGUAGAAAGGGCUGCUGCAGAGGCUCGAGAAAGGGCUGCUGCAGAGGCUCGCGAAAGAGCUGCUGCUGCAGCAAGGGCGAACCAGCAAAGGAGUGAUAAUGAUCUCGAGCACUUUUUCAGCAUGGGGCGAGCUAGCAGUGCACCACGACCUAGGGCUAACUCAUCGGAUCCAUUUCAGAAUAGGCAAGAACCUGAAGUGCCAAAGGCAUCAACCACUACUUCCUCAAACAUAAGGAAAGCAAAUUCAACCACAAAUAUUGUUGAUGAUCUUUCAGCAAUUUUUGGAGGUGCUCCAUCUUCUGGAGGAGAGUUCCAGGAAGUUGAAGGAGAGACUGAAGAAAGGCGAAGAGCCAGGUUGGAACGACACCAAAGGACCCAGGAGCGUACGUUGAAAGCACUUGCUGAAAAGAAUGAGAGGGACCUUCAAGCCCAAAGAGACCAAGCGGAGAGAACUAGGAUUGCUGAAACACUAGAUGUUGAGAUCAAGCGUUGGGCUGCAGGGAAAGAGGGGAACUUGCGUGCUCUGCUAUCGACCAUGCAAUAUGUGCUCUGGCCUGAGUGUGGUUGGCAGCCAGUUUCUUUAACGGAUAUGAUUACUGCUGCCUCAGUUAAGAAAGUAUAUAGGAAGGCAACUUUGUGCAUUCAUCCUGAUAAGGUACAACAGAAGGGUGCGAAUCUUCAACAGAAGUAUGUAGCCGAGAAAGUGUUCGAUCUUCUUAAGGAAGCUUGGAACAAGUUCAAUUCGGAGGAGCUUUUUUGAAAUCUUCAAGUGAUUCUUCUGCUUCGAGUUACGUAAUUUGGCAACCAAAUCAUUUGUCACAUGGGAAGAAGAAUAUCCGCUUAUUUUCCAGAAGAAAGACUUAUCAUCGCUGGUGGUGGAAUUUUGAUUGAAUUUGAAAAUAUAUCGAGAGAGGCUUCCGUUGGCCGCCAAGAUGCCUGGUCUGUAUUCUCUUAUAUUUCCCUUUUCUUUAUUCCCCUUGGCCUCUUGUAAUUGUUUGUGUGGGUAUUCAGGGGUUAAAGGGUUUUCGAAAGAUCGGUUUCUGGGAAAGGCUGGUUGAUGUACAAUACCAUAUUGUGGUAUUGCACUCAUCUUUAUUCAGGGGUUCGUUUGAUAUUUUUAGGUGGGUGGGUGGGUGGGGUGGGGGGUGAGAGAUUUUGCCCUUUAUAUUUUUGUAUUUGUUUGUGAUAUGGCACAUUCUGUUGAAUAUAUAUAUAUACCAUUAUUUGUAUUGACAACAAAGCUAUUCGUAUGUGAAUGCAUGAUUGAGCUCUGAGUUUGAUUUUUCGAAA